CCAGAAAAUUAUACAGCUGGAGUUACAGAACUGACAACUACAGUCCCUCCAGAAAAUGAAACAACUGGAGUUACAGCACUGACAACUACAAUCCCUCCAGAAAAUGAAACAACUAGAGUUACAGCACUGACAACUACAGUCCCUCCAGAAAAUGAAACAAAUGGAGUUACAGCUCUGACAACUACAGUUCCUCCACAAAAUGAUACAACUGGAUUAACAGAAUUCACAACUACAAACCCUCCACAAAAUGAAACAACUGGAGUUACAGCACUGACAACUACAGUCCCUCCAGAAAAAGAAACAAUUGGAUUUACAGGAUCAACGUCUAAUUCCGUUUUCACUACCACGUUACCAUCACCACCUUGCAUGCCAGUGUCCAUCGAAAUUCAGAACGUGACUGGGGAAGAAAUACAACUCAGCUGGACCGGUGGCAGCACAGGCAGCCUCUACAGCAUCUCCCUCGUGGAUGGAAAGCAGGAGAUAAAUAAAACUACCACAAAAGAGACAAAAGCUGUGUUUAAACAACUACUUCCUGCCCAUGAGUACACCAUAUACGUGGGAGUGUCAUCCUGUGCUGAGAAUAACCGGACUUCAGUUACUGUCCAAACAGAUCCUGUUUCCUGCUUCAGCCAAGCUGAGUUCUGUUUACCAGAAAAUACUGGCUGUUCUGACUUGAAAGGUGUUGUAUGCUCUGGUAACCAAGCAUUUGCCUGCAGGAUUUUGUUAAAAAACCAGACAUUUAACAAUGCACUUUAUAACUCUGAUAGUGCAGAAUACAAAGCGAUGGCUGAGAGUUUCAAAACAGACGUUGUUACAGAAAUGCGCCUCCAACUGAAGGAUGAACACUUUGACAUCAUUGUGCUUGGGUUCAGACCCGGGAGUGUGAUUGCUGAUUUUAUUUCUCUGCUGCCAAAAGAAGAACCCGUAGAUGUGAAUGUUAUACAGACCCACCUAAGUCAAAUAUUAAAGAGCAAGUUUGGGGACGAAACUGAAGUAAAUGUACAAUCCCUGUCUGUUCAGUCACCAACCGACAACAGUUCUGGCUGGAGAGUAGCAGUGAUUGUCCUCGGAGUUUUACUUGGAGUUGCCUUAGUGCUGAUUCUUCUGGCAAUAGUAUUUUACAUCUACAUGAAGCAAAGGUGGGGUAAAUACUUGGUUGAACCACAGGACUCAUGGGAAAUUUUCUCUAGAAGCACUUAUAAGACGCACAAUGUUUCAUUUUUGGAAUAAGGCAGAAAAUUAAUAUAUUUGUCUUAAAAUUCUAUGUCAAUUGUUUAUAUUAACUUAAUUUAAUUCUACCUGCUCCUUCCCAAUGUCCAUCACCACAUUCCUGAGCUCCUAAAAACCUCCAGUGAAUCAUCCUUUUAGCAGGGAUGGAGUGGGGAAUUUUCCCCAUAGUGGUAGAGUGAGGAGCAGAGAAACCUCUGUUCAGUCUGUCCCCUAGAGAUAUUACAAUGACUCCCAACAUUGAUUUUCUAGAGAGACAGGAUCCAAACUACCCAAUACUUUCUUUUAUUUAGAUGACAAAGCAAACAGAGUGACUGAACUUAGUACCUGUGGCAGGUUACCUGAAUGCUCAGCUGAGCCCAGAGUUGGGCUUUAUGCAUUUGGCCAAGGGUGAUUCACCUGCCCUGAGGUUUGUAUCACCAUAUAAAGAAGCCUCUUUCUCUCCAGUGGCUGCA